AUGAAAUUCUCUAGUAUCAUAUACUCUGCUGCCUUACUGGUACUGUCUGCCUCUGUCCAGGCUAAACUGGAGUGUUCAUUGGGACAGACCAAAAUGUAUGAGAGUGCUUUGGAUUACUCCUCCACACUUCAGGACAUGAUCGAUGAAGCCAGUCGUUUAGGCACACCUGUGGUUUAUAUUGAUUCUGGCCUCUUUGAAAUUGAUCCAGAAAAGCCUAUUGUAUUGAAGAAAGGUGUUUCAUUGAAAGGCAGCUUAAAAGAGCCCACCAUUCUCUCUGCCAAAAGCAAAAAUGGCACAGCAUCUAUCGAAGUUUAUCACGAUAACCUGGGUUGGGCUAUUCAAAACAUUGUGUUUGAAAAUGUAAACAUUGUGGUUGAACAGAAUAAAAAUGAAGAUGAAACUGCAAUUCUGGGCAAUCUGUUCUUCAAUGGUGGUCGCGGCUCUGUCAUUGCUCAACACGGUCAAAGUCUUUACAUUGAUGGCAACGUCUUUUUGCGUGAUCACCUGCACCAAGCUGAAAAGAUGAUUCCUAGUUACAACGACACCAAUACGGGUAUAUUGUUCAGAGGUCAAAAGAGCAGUGUCGUUUCCAACAAUAUCUUUGGCAUGGAUUUGAGAAAGAAGGGCGUCUUGGAGCCUGUGGUUAACUCACAAUUGAGGAAGCCUCUUCAAGACCUCAAGUUUAUUCACGAAUGCCUUGGCCGUGACCUCACAGAUGAGCAAGGCUAUCUGGCCUCUGGUCUUCAAAUGUACUAUUCAAAGGAUAUCACCAUCAAGCAGAAUAUCAUGAAUGCAACAUUCCCCGACACACAUAACAUCGCUCAAGACCAUGGUAUCAGUGUUGUUGGAUCCAACCAAACCUACAUCUACCAAAACUUUAUUGCCGGCUGGAAGAUUGCUGAUAUGGGUGGUGCUAUUCGAUUGACAUCAGCUGUCGACGGUUACAUCUUGUCCAACUACUUUGCGAACGCCGGUGUCAUGAUGUACGCCGCUGUGCACGCUGAUUUCUUGCAAGUAAGCAACAUGGUGGUUCACAACAACUUCCUUUACCGCUUCCUCAACCCUGAGGUUGCUCCUGAUGAAAAAGAAGUGGCUGCUUGGCUCUAUGAAGGUAUUACUUUCUUUGAUUUCUACACUGCACGCUUGAAUUACACCAUUCGCCCUCCUAUUUGGAAUGCCAGUGUUCCCAUUUCUCCUUGGGGCUGGCAUAUCGUUCUCUCUGAUAAUAAGUUUGGCGCCUCUGAAGGUUUGGACCCCAAUAUUAUCAGCCUUGGUAAUUUGGAUCCCAAAGAAGCCUUGGUUGACAGUAAGAAUUGCUAUGUCACUGAGCCUCUUAUUCCUGGCUCAGAGCAUGAACAGCGUGUUCCUUUGCUCUGGCGUCAAAACUACGAAAAAGGUGUCUACACAAAGCACGGCGGCAAAAUUCCUCAGAAAAUUAUGGAGCACACAGGUGCUGAUUUGGCUGACCAGAUUCCCGCUCAUCUUCGUAACCUCCAGAUUCCUGACUAUUGGAAAGCUUUCACUCUCAAGAAUGAUACUGUUCCUAUGCUUUCACCUGACACUCCAUGCUACAGCAGAAUGAAUCACUAA